AUGGGAUUCUGCUUACCAUGUAUGUCCUUCGUAUCUUCUGCUGACAAAAAGCCGUUUUUUCCGGAAUUUAGACUCUACAAAAACUGUUUGUGCCAGGGGACAGUGCGCGGAACCAUAAACGUAUAUUUGGCCUAA